AUGCGCAUUCACUCCCGAAAAAUGCACAUCUUCCAACAUGUGAAUCCUACUAUCGCAAUAGACAUACUGAAUAAUAAACACCUGACGGAUGUGAAAGAACUACUCGACGUGACAAUAAUCUUACCGAACCAAACGUCGUACGAAAAGAAGAAUAUGGUCCGUCUUCUACAUAAUGGAAGGAUAGCACAUGAUAAAGUGACACAGAAAAAAUUACAAGAACUUUCUCCGGAUUAUCCUAUCCAGUUCUACGAUUACGGGACGCCAUGCGCUGGAGGAGUUCUCACUGACAAAAUUGGAUAUGGUGCACUCGAAGGGAAGUGUAACAUCAUUCUAGGAAAUCUCGUCAUACGAGACUCUAUCGCAAUAGACAUACUGAAUAAUAAACACCUGACGGAUGUGAAAGAACUACUCGACGUGACAAUAAUCUUACCGAACCAAACGUCGUACGAAAAGAAGAAUAUGGUCCGUCUUCUACAUAAUGGAAGGAUAGCACAUGAUAAAGUGACACAGAAAAAAUUACAAGAACUUUCUCCGGAUUAUCCUAUCCAGUUCUACGACUACGGUAAUAAGCAUGUUAUAGCUUCUUGUAAUUCACCUCAGUUACCGUUACCGGAUUACCGGAUUAGUUACCGGAUUUACCUCAGUUGA